GUGAAAGAUGUAUUGUGUACAUGAUACUUUUUUGAUUCAUUAAGUGACUCAGUGAGUGAAGUGUUGUUGUUAAUAAGUCAAUCUCACACUGAGCCUGGAUCAUACACAGGGCUUUCUCCGCCGGAGGAAAACUCCGUCCCCAAAAACUGGUCUGGCUGGUGUGGUGGAUUCAGUGUGACCUGCCUGCCUUGUCUGUUGCUUGCUUGCUUUCUCUUCUGCUGGAGCCAGUUCACUUUUCUUUCUCCGGAGGAUCCUCCGCAACUCUCUCGGACGACUCGCAUCGUCGUUAUUUCCCGUCCCAGCAUCCAGCUCCCACACCAACGCAGCAACGAGUGCAUGCAUUCGAGAGGAGAGCACAACAUAUAAAGAUAAGCAAGGUUUCAAAGCAGCAGAAGCAGCAAAAGUACCCCUGCCUGCCUUCCUGCAACUAUGGAUGGAAUGGACGGACUUUAUAGGGUAAAGUAUACCCCAGAGUGAGUGAAAGUGCUGGCAGUGGUGGUGGUCGUGAUGGUCGUCGUCGUUGCGAUGGAGGUUGUGGUGCGGUACCAAGUUUAGAAUCUGGAGCUUCUCUCCGGACUGGAUCAUUUAUCUAAAACUCGGCUGGAGGAGAGAUGUAGGCAGUUAGUGUAAGUGCAGAAAGAAACAGGGUCGGUGGUACGGCUGGUGAAAACGGAGACGGUGGAGGAAACGGAAGAGCAAUAUAUUUCGAGAGAGAAAAUCAAAAUUGUGAUAAUGCUUGCUGAAAAAUUAAGCUGGUAAAAGGCGGGUUGUUUUUUUUUCUUUUUCUGGUGGGAAAUAUUUAGUAUUUAGUGGUGGUGAAAAAAGUGCUGGAUAAAAUUUGGGACGAUGAUACAUAAAAUUGGUUCAACUGGUCGGACUGGGUAAAAAAAAGUUCCUCAAACUUAAAGAUCAACAGAUCAAGUUGAUACACAGCAAUUUCUUACUGGCCUCUCCCGCUGUCAAUCCUCUGUUCAAAGUUAAAACUAAAAUAUACAUAUUUCAAAGUACAACGGUCUUUUUCCUGUAAUAUUUUGUGGGGAAAAUCUGACCCCACAAAAUGUCAUCUGGGACACGUUCGACACCCUUUUUUCAACUGAUUUAUCACAAUAUUUAAUUCCACAAUGCUGCAAACACGUCAAGAAGAAACGUUUAACUCAAAAUACUCAAAAUUAAGAAAAAUAAAUCUCAGAAUCAACUAUCGCGAUGAUACAACCACUAACUUUCCAGUUCAAGUAAAGUAAUAAUGAAAAUGUGAGCAGAAAGCGAGAUGGUGAUGGAAAUGGAAUACCGAGAAAAAAAUAAUGUCUCCUACUGAAAACGUCCCUUCGCAAUUGUGCGGAUAUUAAAAUUGCUUUCUUAAAUAAAAGUGAUCCUUCGGGGUUUUCCGAAGCAAAUAUUGAGGGGAUGCGUGGAGAAAGUUUUGAGAUGGAGCGGUCCCCCCGCUACGCCCCAGUAAAUCCGGUCUCGGGUCGGCGUGAUCCUUUCGCGAUGGAGGACGAGAUUAUGGAAAUGUCUGCUGGUUGCAGGUACAUGCCCCACCCACCGGAACCAUUCCUGAUUCAAAAGACACUUCGGCAGAAUAAACGGGUCGUCUUGAACGUGGGUGGGGAGCGACACGAAUGCAUGUGGAAGACCUUAGACCGCCUACCUCACACUCGGCUUGGCCAGCUUCGAGCAAGCAAUAGCCACGAGGCCUUAUUGGACCUGUGCGAUGAUUAUUCUCUAGUGGAUAACGAGUUUUACUUCGACAGGCAUCCCCUUUCCUUCAGCUCAAUUUUAAACUUUUACCGAACCGGAAAGCUUCACCUUGUUCAGGAAGUUUGUGUCCUUGCAUUCUCCGAAGACUUGGAGUACUGGGGAAUUGAUUCAGUAUUUCUAGAGAAUUGUUGUCAGCACAAGUUUAACAUGAGGCAGGAACAAGUCUUUGAUGAAAUGCGGAAAGAGGGAGAGGCCUUGAAUCAGUUGGAAGAAGAGGAUUUUGGAGACGGCACCUGGGCAAAGUUUCAAAAGAUUGGGUGGGACAUUAUGGAGAAGCCGACGUCGUCCCUUUUUGCCAGGAUCGUGGCAGUGAUAUCCAUCUUUUUCAUCAUGUUGUCAACCGUGGCCCUCACCCUCAAUACUUUGCCCUCCAUGCAAAUGUACGAAUGUCGUAAUGAGACUGACACAGAGUGUGACGCAGAGUUGGACCGUGACGAAGCCCCAGCGGAAGAGUUAAUGUUAGUCGAUAACAUCUAUUUAGCCUCCUUAGAAGAAAUUUGUAUCACGUGGUUUACAUUAGAAUACGUUCUUCGCCUAGUGUUUUCCCCCAAUAAGAGAAAGUUUCUUCAAGGAGCACUCAAUUUUAUAGACCUGUUAGCAAUAAUGCCUUAUUACAUUUCUCUCUUUCUAAUAGAAGGAAAGAAAAAGAUAGGCGAGGAAGAUGAAUACGAAACAUUUAGGAAAGUUGUACAAGUGUUCCGAUUAAUGAGAAUUCUUCGAGUAUUUAAACUUGGGAGGCAUUCCAGAGGACUGCAAAGUUUAGGUUAUACGCUCACCAACUCGUACAAAGAGUUGGGCUUGUUAGUCAUGUUCUUGGCUAUGGGCGUGCUCAUCUUCUCUUCACUCGCCUACUUUGCCGAGAAAGAGGACAACCCCAUGUUCGAAAGUAUUCCCAAGACGUUCUGGUGGGCAAUUAUUACGAUGACCACCGUUGGCUACGGUGACAUGAGUCCGGAGACCUCGAUUGGGAAAAUGAUCGGAAGUCUUUGUGCUAUUUGCGGUGUGUUAGUCAUCGCACUCCCGAUUCCAAUUAUCGGAAACAACUUUGCAGAAUUUUACAAGAACCAAGUACAAAGAGAGUUGGUGCUCAAGAGGAGAGACGAGGUGGAACGGGCCAAAAAGGAAAGCUCAAUUAUUCAAUUAGGUCACGCCACGAUGGACAUCGUUGACACGAUGGUGGAAACGACAGUUGCAGCAACAUCCGGUGGUGGUGAUAACGAUACCCCCUUAUUCUCAAAGCAGAACAGCAGGUUGUGGAACAACAGAAAAGCAUUUGAAAAGAAUCAAAUUCAAAACACAAUGUCUGAACAAGGAGAGAUUCGGACGGCUUGAGUAAAAAAAAAGCUGCCAGAAAGAAAGCAAGAGUUUGAGUUUGUUGUUAGCUUUAGCUUAAAAAAAGUGUAGAAUAUAAUCUCAUUAAUUGAUCUCGAUAUGUAUUGAAUAGUACAACGAUGUGUCAUUCUCUAUCAUCUUCAACUCUCUUAUUAUUAUCGUUAAUUAUAUGUCAGUAGUGGCAAAAGCAGCAGCAAGCAAGCAAGCAGCUCAGCAUCAAUGUAUGUAAUGUAUGUAAAAUAUAUGUAAGUAUUACGUGUAAUGAAUGUCAUGUACCGUCUCGUCUCGUACUUUGUAAAUCUGUUAACUUUCCAAAAAAUGGAAAAGUUUAGAAAACUAGUGUGUGCUAAGCUAAACGUAGUAAAAAAACAGAACAGAUUUUAUUACGUAAUUCUGUCCUAAGUCUCAACAGAUCAAUGUUGUUUUUACCCAAGGACAUCUCUCUUCUAAUCAAAUCUCCUUAAUUUCUUUCCCUAUGCACUAUUUACAAUCAGAACCGUCUGCUCUUUCUCUGCAGCUUUCAUCUCCUAUUUAAUCACUUGAUUACCUAAAUCAAUCUCUCUCCGAGAAUGCACCAGUUGCUGGUUUAAACUUUCCUUUGUCCUAAUGUGUUCGCCUUUUUCUCGUGAGUUGAAAUAUAUGUAUGUACACAUACUUGAUCCAAUCCAUCAUCAUCCCUUGUCCCGGAACAGGAUAAUCGUACUAUACACUUUCACCGCAAUAAUUACAGUAUACACGUACGCGAAAUGGGCGGCUACAUAAGGUGACGUCGCAUUCUUUGUUGUCCAGAAAAUUAACAUGUCUGUACGAAUGAGUGACACAGCCAAAACAGGACACGAGCAUAUUAGUAUAACUUACUUUGUCCUAAUUAUUUCCUUAAUAACGCGAUCCCUGAGACGUGAAGUUAUAUAUGCCGUUAAAUACGUCUCUAAUCCAAACUACUAACCGUUCCAUUAACGAUACGUACAUACAUUUGUCUGUACAUGGUAGGAAAUAAGGUUAAGUCAUAUUUAUUAAUGAUGAUCAUCAUCAUAGCCAAAGAUAAGUGGACGGGAAAGAAAAGUUCACCGCACACAGCACUCAUCCAUACUUUCAUUUAGAAGAAGAACUAACUAACUCUAUUACAGCGCACAUAAUAAUAAUUAACAAUUCAGGUAUAGCCAGCCAAAAGCUACGAUCACGUCACUAUCAUUAAUAAAACUCAGGAUGCUUCGGGUAGAUCGAUGAAGACAUUUUUCCUUGUAGCGACAAUAAGAAUAAUUAUCUAUCACCGUUGCAUGCAGACAAGUUAUUUGUUAGCUCGGCAGUAAUUGUCCGGUCCAACGAAAUAUAUAGGCAAAUGUUAACGCGAAAAAACUUUCUUCCUUUGUCGUGAGGUCAAUACAGAUAUUUAGGCGACAAAAUUGAGUGUUGGAUCGAAUGGCUAAAAUAAAAUUGAUAAAUUUCAGUCAUUUUAUGAUAAAGUUUUUUUUGAGAGUUUCGAGAGAAAGGGAAAAAACAUGACAAUUUUCACAAGUAUUUCUACCCAUUAUUCUCGCUAGUUUUUGCAACUUUCACUUUUGAAUGAGUGGGAUUUUAUGUCAAGAAAUACAAAAGACAUUAUUAACUUCUUCCAUUAGAUAAUUACCGACUUUAUUCCAUAGUCUACAUACACUGUGAAUGUAUUACUUGAUAUGAACACUGCUAACAAUGAUGAAAGUAUUAUUAGCAUAAUAAAUCUGUAUGUGGCUAAAUAAAUAACUAAAAAUUGUGGUAUAGAUGCAAUAUACGGAACCAAUAAUAUCUUAAAAUAAUACUUAAUUCUUUCAAAGUACUCAGAAUUUCGCAUGCGUCCCGUCCUGUCCUCACCAUCCUGCUCCUAAUAAUCCAAUUUCCUAAUAAUUACCAGAUUAAGAAGAGUAGGACUACUAAAUAAAUAAUAAAAUAAAUAUGGCGAUGAUAUAGAAAUCUGACAGACUUUGGCAGAUAUUAGAUUUAGAUUAUUUUGACAGUUUCAUGAUGAAUUCUUCUUCUCUUCUCUGUCUCAAAUCGUAUACAUAGUCAAAAUAAUUACAAAACUUUUUUGCAAGUCAAAGUUUCCUAGAAUGUUAAUAAUAAUACCCAUUCUUCAUCUACAACGACUACCAAAAAUACUAUUACUGCUAGUAUUGUACUAUGAAAA